AUGGAUGAGAAAAAUUAUGAUGAUUUGGAAAAGAUGGAUCUUAAAUCAACUCAAGCACAAUUAAGCACCGAAAUUAGCAACAAGUUAAGAGCUGCUUGUAAAAUAUUGGAUGAAAAAUGUAGUGAUGAUGAGAAAUCUAUUUGGCUAGGUUACAUAAGGAAGAACAUACGAAGUUUCAAUAAGCUAAUUAAAAAACAUAAAAAUUCUGUAGAUAAAAUUUUGAAUAAAUUAAGUGAGUUUGCUGAGGAAGAAUCUGGGUGGGGAAUAAAUAAAAUUUUGAAUUUAGAAAUUAAUAUCAAUAAACAUGAGUUGGGAAAUGGUUCGUCCUACAUUAAAUUACCGGAAGAGAUCGCGAGAAAGCACGCUUGUGUUAAUGUAAAAAAUGUCGACAAUAAUUGCUUUGCUUGGGCUCUUAUAUCGGCAUUGCAUAGGAUUAUGCCUUGGAAAAAAAAGUACCUGUCUGAAGCCGAAUUAGAGUACUGUCUUAAACACCUGUCAGAAAGCGAAGACGAAUUAGACUCUGAAGUCCAGCAGGAUGAAGAGGAAAUGAAAACAGAUGAUUUAAUUGUGGAUUUACCACUGUUUGAUGAAGAAGCUACUAUCAUAAAUAAAGUUUCAAAGCCAGGUGGUUCAAAAGAUUCCCUUCAGGAAGCAAAGGAUAAAUUAAUAUCGAAAUUUAAUGGUUGGAUGGAAAAAAUUAAUUCAUUUCAACAGAUUGAUGCAGUUAAAGAUAUCCAAAGAUAUCCAAUUUCGCCGACACUGGCUGCAAUUUCUCAGAACCCACAGCAGUUUUCCAGUAAGAGUACAUUUCAACAUAAUAAACAUAUUGAUGCACAGAAAAGAUUGUAUUCAACUCACAGAAAAAAGUGUUCUAAAAAGCUCAAGUUUGAAAGACCCAAUGAAGCUGAAUCUGUGUCAAUUGCAGCAUCCUUAAUGUUGGAGGAGAAUAGAAUAGAAUAG